UCCUCAACGUGUCCGGGAUCGACGAGGAGCCGUGUUUGGAUGGAUGGGAUUACAGUCAGGACCAGUACACCUCCACCAUCGUCUCCGAGGUCCACCCACAAGAUUGAAGCGCUCCAGGCUUUCGGAACCAAGGCGCAGUCAGUGCCGCGUCCGCAACUAACAUGCGGGAUUACGAUGAAAUUACAGCCUUCCUGGGAGAAUGGGGACCGGCUCAGAAACUCAUCUUCCUGCUCUUGACUGUCAGCGUUAUUCCCAACGGUUUCGCCGGUUUAAACAUCAUCUUCGUCGGGGAUACCCCAAAGCAUCGCUGCUCGAUUCCAGGGAAUCUCAACCUCAGCCAAGCCUGGAUGAACAGAACCAUCCCACUGGUGACAGGAACCCAAGCCCAGUACAGCCAAUGCAGUCGCUACCGCUUGGAUGUGAUCAGGAACCUCUCGGAGGUGUUUCCAGACCCAGAUCUCCUCAACGUGUCCGGGAUCGAAGAGGAGCAGUGUUUGGAUGGAUGGGAUUACAGUCAGGACCAGUACACCUCCACCAUCGUCUCCGAGUGGGACUUGGUGUGCGACGAUAAAUGGAAAGAACCAUUUACCACAUCACUGUACUUCUUCGGAGUGCUGAUAGGUUCUGGUGGUUCUGGUGUAAUAUCAGACAGGUUUGGGAGGAAGAUUGUUUUGUUUGGAACUAUAGGGGUACAGAUUUUAUUCAGUCUGCUUAUCACAUUGUCACCCAGCUGGGAAAUCUUCUGCCUGAUCAAUUUCCUCAGAGGCAUCGGUGAGAUUUCAAACUAUGUGACUGCGUUUGUGCUUGGAACUGAACUUCUGCAGAAAUCCAUUCGAGUUACAUACUCUACACUUGGAAUUGGCUGUUUUUAUGCCGUGGGUUACAUGAUGCUGCCUUUUAUUGCCUAUUUCGUGAGAGGAUGGAGAAUGUUGAUAUUGAUCCUGAGCCUGAUCGGUUUGCUGUACAUUCCUUUGUGGUGGUUUAUUCCUGAAUCUCCACGCUGGCUACUGUCGAAGGGAAGGGUUAAGGAAGCAGAAUCAAUAAUUCGAUUCAUGGCAAAAAAUGGCAUCACUCCACCAGCAGUACUUUUCACCGACGAUGAGCUUGAAAAU